GUGUCUACAGCUCCCCCUGCACUGGAGACCUGCUGGUGGGGAUGUGUUACUGCAAUUGUGGUACACUUACAGGCAAGAUUGUGCGGUAUAACUCUUCACGAGAAAACAUCCAGACCAUACAGCACAACAACAACACAGGUCAGGGACUGUAUAUUGAUCCUAUCUAGAUCACAGAGAACUGCAAUGGUGAUGUUAUUGUGUCUGACAUAGCCCGUGCUGUAGUGGUGACAGAUCGAGAUGGUAAUUAUCGCUUCUCCUACAGAGGUCCUCCAUCAGGAUCAGUAGUAGUACCACGUGGAAUCUGUACUGACGCGCUGUCACACAUCCUGCUGUGUGAUGAUAUCACCCACUCAGUACAGAUGCUAGACUGUAACGGUCACUACCUGACUGAGAUACAGACAUGACAACACCGUAUAUACGAUCCACUGGGCCUGAGUUAUGAUGAUGACACACACUUACUGUGGGUAGGGUCACACAACAACACAGUCAACAUAUACAGAGUGGUAGAUACAGACUCUCUGACUGGACUUCCCCUGGAGGACAUCAAAUGCAGAAAGCAUCCCAGAAUUUCCCUGGAACAGUUCUGUACCCUGUGUGGUGUUCCCUUGUGUGUGGAGUGUACCAGCUCUGAGGAUCACAGCAGACAUGACCUAAAAAAUAUAAAGACAUUGUUUGACAACAUUCACAGGACAAAAGAUGGAGAUACACUUUUGAUGUCCCUUCUUAUUUCCAAAUCCUACAAAAUAAAUAGGAAGGAAGCAAAUUGGAUGAGCAGAUAUAAUGCUGUUGCCACUAGUUUUCAUUCCAAGGAAGUAGCAAAGCAAUUUUCUCUUACAGAAUUAGAAAUAUAUAAACCAAUUUUGAAACUCAAUGAAUUAGAGAUUAGUUUUUCAAAUGAGCUCUUCAAAGAUAUUAGUUUCUUGAAAUUUUCAACAGAGCCAAAAUUUCUGGAUAUUUUCUUGACUUGGGCAGAAAAAGAAAGCAUUGCUGAAUACUGUAGAUCGUGGAAUUAUCAAAGAAGAGAAGACGAAGUUUACUGUUGGUUAUUACCAGAAAAAAAUGAGGAGUUUUUUAAAAGACUUGGAGAAGAUAUUUACAUGCACCCAACAAUGAAGGAUCAGUCGUUUCAGGAAUUCGUAUUGAGAAAAUUCGGCAUACCAAUGCAGAUAAUAAUGAGGGGAGACAACUCAGUGAAAAAUUUUGUUGAGAAUCUUAAGAGAGGCAAAACAACCAUGUACCAUGCCUCUGGGAUGAUAAUAGGGUGUGCUGGUAGUGGGAAAACAACAUUGUUAGAGAGACUGAAGGGCAUUGAUCUGGAAGAAAUAAAGAACAAUAUAAGUUCAACCAGAGGAGUCUAUAUCCACACGGAUGUUUUUGAUGUGACUGAUAGCAUCCAAGUUAAUUCUUCAAGCCAACAGCAACGCUUUAAACUUAGACUUGAGACAAAAGAUCUGAAAAAAGAGGGUUUCGGAGUAUCCGGGGAGUACAGUUAAUGAUGGGGAAACGCAG